UUUUUGUCUACAACUUUUUGGGCAUUUAUUAAUCGGCCCAAAGUUAUAGCCAAAUUGCAAGCUUUUGUUGUGAGCAUUUAGCAUUUACAUAUUCACACACAAGCGACACACGCACACCAUGAAAUAUAGAUGUCCAAGAUGACGCUGAACCAAUUAUGGAAUGACAAUGAUGCUAGCUGUCGCCGCAAGUGCUCUGGCCGCCGUCUUCAGAUGGCAUUCGACUAUAAAUGCCCAUCGGAUCUGUUGGGCAGGCAUCAGUUUUACGGUUUCGUUCGUUUGGUGUAGCACGCGCAGAUCUUGUAACUUCACACACAACAUGAAACUCAUUGCGUUAGUCGUCGUUGGCACUGCCAUGGUGGGUCUGGCUCUGGCCCGUCCGCAGUCGAAUGCCUAUUUGCCCCCGGCUCCCAUCAAGGGUCUGCAGCAGCCCGGCCAGCAAGCGAUCAGCUAUCAGAGCUAUCAGCUGCAGCCGCAGCAGUCGCAGCGUUCCAUUGCACAGAUUGAGUCGAUCCGUCCAUCCGUUUCAUUGGGCAGCUUCACCAUCCACAGCGGCGGCCAGUCGAGCGUUAACCAAGUGUCAACGGCUCCACAGCCCACGGCCGUCAGCUACGAGACAUCCAAAUCGUCAGUUAGCGUGGCGCCAGCAGCUCCCACGCAGCUCUUUGUGCCCUCGCCUCCAGCUGCUGCUCAGGAAUCCACAACCGUUGUUGAGCAGUCGGUGAGCACUCCAGUGGCCGCUCCAGUGACCCAGCAAACCUACUCAGCACCAGCUCCAGUCGCCCAGCAGUCAUACGCCGCCUCAGCUCAAGUGGUUCAGCAAACUUACUCCGCUCCAGCGCCAGUAACUCAGACGACCUACACUGCUCCAGCGCCAGUGGCUCAGCAAACGUACUACACUUCAGCUCCGGUGGCUCAGCCAACCUACUCAGCUCCAGCUCCAGCCCUUCAACAGCUGUACUCUGCUCCAGUUCCAGCUCCAACUCAGCUGGUGCAGCAGACUUACUCUGCUCCAGCACCAGUGGUUCAGCAGACCUACUCCGCUCCUGCUGCCACUCCUGCUCCCGUGGUUCAGGAGACCCAGUCCAUUCAGAGCACUACCCAAGUAAUUUCGGCCCCAGCGCAAGUGGUUCAGGAGAAUCAGGUGAUCUCGUCGCCCGCACCUGCUGUUCAGGAAAUCUACUCCACUCCAGCAGCCGCGCCAGCGGUGCAGCAGACCUACUCUGCCCCUGUGAGCCAAGUGAUUACGACCUCCACUCCAGUGGUGCAGCAGUCAUAUGUCGCUCCCACUCAGGCCAUUCAGGAAAGCUAUGUUGCGGCCCCGGCUCCAGUGGUGCAGCAAACCUAUACUGCUUCUGCUCCAGUGGUGCAACAAACCUUUGCUGCCUCUGCCCCGGUAGUGCAGCAAUCAUACACCGUUCCUGCUCCUGCUCCGCAGGUGCAGCAAAUCUUCUCCGCCCCAGCUCCAGUUCCAAUCGUUCAGCAAGUGCAGGAGACUGCCAUCCAACAGGCUCAGUUUACCGGCUAUAACUACCAGGCACCAGCACCCACUGCAACCUACAAUCUACAAAAGGUCGUCUCUGCCUCCGCACCCGCACCCAUCCAAUUCCAAGUGCAGCAGCAACCGCAGCAGCAGCAAGUACAGCAGCAGCAACAACUGCAACAGCAGCAAGUGCAGCAGCAGCAACAACAACUGCAAGUGCAGCAGCAGCAGCAAGUGCAGCAGCAGCAGCAAGAGCUGCAACAGCAAGUGCAGCAAGUACAACAACAAGUGCAACAGCAAGUGCAACAGCAGCAAGUGCAACAGCAGCAAGUGCAACAGCAACAAGUGCAACAGCAGCAAGUGCAGCAGCCACAGCAACAGGUGACCUAUACCACCACGGUUCAGGCUCCAGUGCAAUUGCAGCAAUCCUAUGUACCAGCACCACCCGCUCCACUGCAAUUGAGCAGUCCAGUUGCUGCGCCAGUGGCACAGUUCACGCCCAACUACAGCUUCACACCUGCCCUUACCCAGCAGGUGAGCUACGCACAGCCAGCUGCCCAAAGCCUUGUGCAGAGUACGACCACCGUCCAGCAAGCUGCUCCAGCUCCCAUUGCAACUCCAACUCUGGUCUCGGCUCCAACUAGCAGCGCUCUGAUUAGCAGCCCGGCCCCAGCGCCAGCCACAGUCACAACCAAUGCCAUCUCACAGAUUGGCACCAACUACGGCAGCAACGGCGGCUACGUGUAUGAGAAGACAAACUAAAUGCGUUUGAACGGGUUGUCGAGCAGACGCCCGAACUCGCAUUUGCGACACCGUGAAUUGUUUUUUUUUUUUUUUAUUAUUUUUAUGUAACCUAGCCAAAUUGUAGUACUAGUUUUGUUAAAUUGCUUCUUUUUUUUUUACUUGAAAUAUA